GAAGAAGACAGCAGCUGUUAGCCUGUUCGUGCUAUAUUUACCCUCCUACCAUGUCCGUCAAACAUACGACGUAACUUCACGUUUUGUCGUUAAAGACCAUCGAAAUACGGAUUUCAUCAAAACACUAAUGGUGUGUAAGCGGAUUAAUAUAUUUCUCUCCGCACUGAGUGGCUAACCACAAAAAAGGAAGCAAUGAACUUCCAGGGCAGUCGGAGGCGAGGAGAGGAUGGCAUCGCCGUGGUGAUUGACUUCCUACUGUCUAACGCCCGGCUGGUUCUGGGUGUUGGAGGGGCAGCCAUGCUGGGAAUUGCUACACUGGCAGUGAAACGGCUGAUAGAGCGCGCGGGCCGUGCAGCCGAUGAUGAGAAGGUGGAGCAGAAGAUGGCCGAGAGCUGGGAAGAGUUGAGUUUGGUCUCUGCUUCCCCAACACUGAUCAAGAAGGGCAUAGAGGGCGUGGUGAUGAAACAUGUUGCCAAGGCAGCCAGGCAGCAGAAAGCUGACCUGUGCCAACAACCUCAGAUGCCCUCUGUGGAGUCUAAACCUGAGUCAAAGUCCAAGAGGCUCCAGCUGUGCGUCCUCAGUUUGCAGGAGCGAUUGCAGCAGUACUAUCACACGAGGGCAGCACUCGCUCCACAGGACGUCCAGAGGGCUCAGUCUUUGGCUCUGGACAUCUGUACGGAGAUCCAGGGCUUUCUGCAUAGCCGUCUUCCUGACAUGCCCCUGGGAGAAAUGAGCCUCGGAGGCUCACUGCUGGACGACUUGCAGGUUGUCAGUGCGGACCACGCGUGCCUGCUGGUGCCUCUGCAGCUGGAAGCUUCUCUGUGGCGUCUCAUCCCGGGAGAGGAGACACUGCUCACUCACCCGCUGCACUGGAUGGUUCGACGGGUAAAUCUGGAAUAUUUUCCCAGAGGACGCAGCUACUGGGACAGGUACCUGGUGGGUGGUUACCUGUCUGCAGAGGCUGUUGUGAACAUGUUUAGUAAAGCUGUCAUGGAAACUAUAAACUGGCCGUCCAUCAGCAGCACUCUGGACUGUCUUGUCAGACCCGUACUGGGAGGACCAGACCUGAGACUGGAGAUUCGGCCUGGAAAUGAAGAAGCAGCAAAGAGCAGUGAUCAGUCCUUGUUCAUCACCAUGCUGCCUCUGCUGAGGGAGGAGGACGUGGUUCUGACGGCUCAGCCAGAGCUCACCUCUCCCUGGGUUAACGCCUGGCACCUGUCUCUCUACCCAUGGGAGACCCAGCGACUGGCUCAGCUCGACACCGCUGAUGACGGAUACCGCAGACACAUGCUUAAAAUCCUUAAGGCGGUGUGCAGACUGAACCCCGCUCUGAGGCCGCUCGAGGCCGCCCCGCUGGCCAAUCUCAUCCUGCACCUCAGUGACAGUGACAGCGACUGGUCCGAGGGCAGCCUGGAUGCGAGAUUCCAGCAGUGUAUCACAGAGCUGAUUGGCUACCUCGAACAAGGGGCGUUACACAGUUACUUUAAGCCAGCUGUCAAUCUGCUGAGCGGCUUGUCAGAGGACCAGGUGGACCAGAUGGGCUUCAUGCUUUACUGCGCUGUGUCAGAGCCCGAAAUACUGUUCAUAUAACUCGCUGCACACGCAUCUAUCAAGCUCUGACACACAGAUCAAAUGAGUAAUCUUUUAUCCUCCAGGGCGUUUGGUUCAAGGCCAAGAUGUUGUACUUUUCCUGCUGCCCACUCUCGUUUAGUUCCUCCGUCCCGCUUUGAUUCAAGGGAAAAGGGUACAGUUGAAAUGACAUAAUGGCAGGCACCAUGCACUGAUGUCUACACUGGAGGAAGAGAAACUUUAGGGAGACUGCAGAUAUGAAAGUGAUAAUCGAGCUAAACAUAUCACUCGGACAAGUAAAGAAGCUAAGGAAGUAUUUAUCAAGAUAUUUGAAACGAUGCUUCAGGAUGUGCCUGAUCCUCAUGCUGCGUUCACUCUAUGAGCGACACAGCUACAUCAUCACAGAGAGUGUUUUUCAUACACUCGUUAUUGUAGGUACGUCGUCACAGCCUUGUGUGUGCCUGCUUCUUGCCGCAUAGCACCUUGACUUAACGUCAGCUAAAGUUUGUAUUUAGUCGUAAAAAAUCUAUGCUUAUGGUCAGUAUCUGAGCCCCACUUUAACGUCACAUUUUGCCGGCCCACAUCAUCCCUGUGUGUGCCAAGAGGCACAGACAGCUAGCAUAGUGCCAGCUAACUAAGCUACAUAACACAGUACCACAGCAAAAAACAAACCAUAUGAUUGGUCGACACUUCACUGCAUCAUUGGAGUGCUGACAAAAGUUGAAGCAAACACAACUUUUAUCAGUAGAGUGUCACCGGUGCACGUCAGCAGCGACAAAUGUCAGGCGUCUGUUUGAUGCUUCAUGUCACCGGUUUCCAUGGAAAAUGCAUUGUAACUGUUGCUGUGUUGCUCAUAGUGUGAACACAGCAUUACACCGCAGCCAAGUCUGCAUUUAAGUUUGUAUGAUUAUUAUUUUUUCAGAGGGAGGCAGUGAUGGUCAGCACAUACAGUUCACUCUAUCUGAUAACAGCAGAGGACACUUAAUUGCUGAAGUGCAUUCAUUCUUUUUAGCCUCUAGGUGAUAGUGUGUGCUCUGCAUAAUUUUCCUAAAUCUCCUUUAUAUUCUAACUAUGCAGAAUAAUUAUGUACUGAAACCCAACAGGCUUUGAUGCACUUCUAAAACUAUUUAGUCUGUCUGAGUUGGAUUUAUUUAAUGCAAAGUGUAUAUUUUAUCAUACAGGAGGUUGAGGUGUGCUUUAUUUUGUUUGUCUUGUUAGUGUUCAGUCUGUUGCCAAUCUUAUUUGGGUGAAUUAACCCUUAACAUUAUGAUUUAAGUUGCCUAAUAAUUUUAUGCAGUUACUUUUAGAUACCGUAUGAAUGUUGUGGCCAUUUCUUCAGCUGUGGUUUCUUGCUGAUUGGAAGAGAUUUUCUGUGAUUGAGCAGUGACACUGCAAAUAAAAAUUAAAGCAUU